ACAAGAGUCUGGUUGAGCGAGACUACUUGGCUAUAGGUAUCAGGAAGCCGGCCGCAUGUUUCCCCUACAAUAGAUCGUGAACAGCAAUGAUAAUGGCAGUUUGGCGGACCAGUUUCCAUCGUAUUCUGAACAAAGGAAUGGGACUCUAUAGCCAAACUCCAUUCUACCUCGGAAGACUAUUUCAUAGCUAUAAGAUACAGAGGAGCAUGAGAGAUGGAAAGAUGUUUAAUUGUCUCCAUAGAAAUCAAACGCUACACCCCUUAUCAGGAUGUUCCAUACACAGGCAGUUUUAUCUUGGGUGUGGGGAAAGCAAACAAAAGAAAAUCGAGCAAAUGUGUAGCAAAGAAGUUAUCAAAACAAUUAAAUGUAGGCCAUAUGCUAAGGUAACUGAAGAGAUGAUUUUUUGGUGUCGUAAACUUUGGCCUGAAUUCAAAAAUAAUGAUUGGAGCAAGGAACUGAAAAAAAGAAAAAAAUGGACAGUAAAAAAAAUUGAAGACAGUGCUGUGAGGAAUUUCAAGACCUUAUCAUAUAAUCAGACGAUGGAUACUAUUUGUUUUUGUGUAAAAUUUCAUUCGUAUAUUUGUCAUGAUCUUCUAAGUGUUUUCCUAGAAUCUGUUGGCAGUAACAUGCAGAAAGAUUCAAUGGUAUGGGAUCCCAAAUCUGUUUCUCAGCUGAUGUUUUGUGUGUUUGUGUAUGGCUAUACCUCAGAACCUGUGUUUAGACAGGUGGAGAAAGGUCUGGAGAACCAUCUGGAGGAGUACAGUCUGUUUGAAGCUGAGAUGGUACUAUCUGCAUUUAAGAGGUGUGGAAUGAUUUUCACCUCUUUUACUGUCAUACAGACAUUUUGGUCUCUGUUCUUUCGCUUUUGUGAUUUGGAACCAUCACAUCCUCAAUACACAAUGCCUAGCAUGUAUUUACGACAAAUGAGUCGAUACAUGUCUUACUUGAACUCUGUUGAACAACUCCAGGCAAUUGGAAACUAUGGAUGCUCUGUAGAAAAGGUUGAAUGUCUGAUCACUGUUAUCAUGUGCCUAUCUUCAGCAAAGUUUCAUCAUGCCAAAUUUGUGCAUCAUGUAAUAGAACAAAUAGAAAAUUCAACGAGAAGGGGUAGUAGCAUUCGUAUCAAGUCUUUGGCAAUUCUAUGUGAAUUUGUAGCUAAUUAUGGAUUAGAUGAAUCAGAAACAUACACACAUUGUUUUGACAAUUUACUAACAUUAUAUGAAUUGAGUUCAGAUAUGGCUCCAAUGUCAAAAAAAUAUUUUCCUGUGUUAAAAGUAUCUUCGGAUGGAAAGAGACGAUCUGAUCAUAUUCUACACCAGAGUGAUGAUAUUUUUUCUCCCUUGAAACUUGUCACUGGAAUGAUGAUCGCAGGAAAGUUUCCUUCAGCUGUUAUCAGCCGUUGCUUCAGUGCAAGUGCACGUGGGAACAGGAAAGCAUUUAGUUUUGAAGAGUAUGGUCUGCAGUUGCUCCAGACCUGUAUUGACAUUGAAUAUCCUGACUACAAAGGUCACCAAAUGACACGGUUCAUGCUGGAGGAAACUGCCACUGAUAAACUCCCAAAGGACUUACCAUCAACUCAAAAGAAUUACCUGCAGAAUUUGGUGUGGACAUCGGUCAAAAACAUCAUGGAUGUAAACCUUGUCCAUAAUCACAAGCUGCUGCCAUACGCAAACAAAGUUAUGGAAAUCAGACUUGAUGAGGAGAACAGACCCACAACAUUUGAUCCAGUCCCCUACCACAAACUCCCCAGUACCUUCAAGCAUUCACACAUCGGGAUUGCCAUCUUGGUAUACAACAAACGGCAAACAACAUAUAAUGGAGGCUAUCCAUUAGGGAUGCUCAGACUCCAGAAACGACAUUUGAAAAUACUAGGUUACAAUGUCAUUGAGGUUCCCGUGCUAAGUAUCAAGGAGUUAAAGAGUGAUGAUGCUGAACGGAAUAUGACAGAUAUGUUGAGGAACAAACUUGAGAAGGACUGUAAUGUUGUGCUGGAAGAAGGCAGGACACAAAUAUUAUAACACGUAAGAG